AUGUAUGUCAUGCACUUGCAUACCAUCUUAGCAUCUCAAUCAGCAUACAUUAACUGCCUAAUCGUUUCUUACAUCCACCGUGAUCCCACCUCUCAACUCUUAUCCACACCCAUUUCUCGCCACCUCGCCACCCCAAUCUCCGGGAGUCUUGUCCAAGACUUUGCCUACCCUCAUACAUACCGUAUAUACAAAGAAUAUACUCCCCGUAUACGGACACAUAGGAAACUUAUCCGAGAGCCGAAGGGCCAACAACUCAACCCAACUUUCGUGCAUGAGAGUGGAGAGAAAAAGCCAUAUCCUACUGUUCAUACAUAUUUACGUACCGAUAGUGCCGGUCAUGGUGGGUAUGCAGUCAUGAUUUGGUGUUUUGAGCUUCGCUUCUGGAUUGGAUUGAUUUGA